CGCUAUGGCGCCUGCGCACAAAGUUUAACUGCCGCCUACAGCAGCUGGUCGCUGUUGCCUGGCAACCACUAGGGACUCUGAAGGGACGGGGGGCGGAGCCUCGAGGACUUCCUCAGCCAAUCAUCGUGAAAUCCGGCCCGCGCCGCUUUGCUUCCUUUUCGAUGGGCGCAGGCGCAGUUCUUCUCUUUUUGCGGCGUCGCGGGCUCGGUUUACGGCGCUGCGCGCUGAUUGGCUGUGGUGAAGGUUUUUUCUUUGGUUUUUUUUUCAGUUUUUUUUUUUUUUUUUUUUGUGCCUGCUUCCCGUUAACGCGGAGGGUUAUGGGGCAGGCCCCGGGAAGUACGGAGCGGUGUGAGGCGCUGGGCAGUGGUGUGUCCCGGGGCCCAAUAUAGAAGCCUUGUUCACACACUUAUACCAUUGCGCUCAGCCGGCUGAAGAAUUGUAAAGAUUUUUAUUAUAGUGAGAUAUACACCACAUUUUAUGAACUGCAAAAUGGUCUGCUGUUAGUGAAUUUGUGGAAGUAAAGGGAAAGGACCAGAGGUGAAAAUAUUUACUGCGGGGACAUGAAGUGGUUCAAUACCUCAGGCCAGGAGAGAGACCACCACUGCUCAAAAAAGAAAUAGUCACAGCACUGAAAGAGGUUACUUCACUUGAAUCUAUGUGGAGGAAGAGCAGAGCGUGGAGGAUGUUACAUCAUCACUGCCGCAGGAAUCCUGAGUUACAGGAGGAACUGCGGAUCCAGGGGGCUGUGGCUGUCGGCGAUGUCCACACUGUCCGCACAAUGUUGGAACAGGGUUACUCCCCAAAUGGCCGUGAUACCAAUGGAUGGACUCUUCUGCACUUCUCAGCAGCCAGAGGAAAAGAAAGAUGUGUUAGAGUAUUCCUGGAACAUGGAGCGGACCCCACGGUAAAGGAUCUGAUUGGUGGCUUCACAGCGUUGCACUAUGCUGCAAUGCAUGGACGGGCUCGGAUUGCACGCCUUCUGCUGGAGUCAGAGCACCGCAGUGACAUCAUUAACGCCAAGAGCAAUGACGGCUGGACGCCCCUGCAUGUGGCUGCCCACUAUGGCAGAGACUCCUUUGUUACACUGCUAUUAGAGUUCAAGGCUGAAGUUGACCCUUUAAGUGACAAGGGCACAACUCCCUUGCAGCUUGCUAUUAUUCGGGAAAGAUCCAGCUGUGUGAAGAUCCUACUGGACCAUAAUGCCAAUAUUGAUAUUCAAAACGGGUUCUUACUACGCUAUGCCGUGCUCAAAAGUAACCAUUCUUACUGUCGCAUGUUUCUCCAAAGAGGUGCUGAUACGAACUUAGGGCGACUAGAGGAUGGACAGACCCCCCUUCACAUUUCAGCACUCCGGGAUGACGUCCUGUGUGCACAGAUGUUGUACAAUUAUGGUGCAGAUACGAACACUAGGAACUAUGAGGGUCAGACCCCACUAGAUGUAUCACUGAGCAUCUCUGAAACUAGCCGGCCCUGUCUGGAUUUUCUACAGGAUGUAUGGAGGCAACCCCGACAUUUGCAGGAUUUAUGCCGGAUUAAAAUUCGCUACUGUAUUGGACUGCAGAACCUCAAGCUACUGGAGGAGCUCCCCAUUGCCAGGGUCAUGAAGGACUACCUAAAACACAAGUUUGAUGACAUCUGAGCGCGGUUGCACAGUAGAAGAGACUUGCUGAGUAAUGCGAAGUGUCAAUAUUCCAAAUGUGGGUUAGGCUGUUGUCUUGCACAAGUAUAUCCUAUGCAAUUUCUGAUGUGGGACGGAGACAGAAGGCAGGUAUACACUUUUGUUUUAUCAUUUCUCGAAAUAAAAAUUGACCUGAAAAAGUCUUAACAUUUUUGGGUACAUCAGCAGGAGCCACAAUCCCCAUUAAGCAUUUCUUUUUGGGACCGUUGGAUCUUCUCUCAUUCACCUCUCACUUCUCCAGUAUAAUAUUUAUGUUACAAGUGGAUUCAGAUAUGAUAAUAACUUUAACCCUGCUGAUAUCUCAUAUAUAUGGGCAGCUUAAAGAAAAUCUUCACAUUUGAGCACAUUUUUACAACUUCCCAAAAAGUUAAAGGGUAGGGCCACACCUGCCGUAUUGUUUGUGUACUUUCCUACCCUUUGAAGUCAAUGGGUGGGAAAUUAUGCAGCAGCAAAAUACAGCACGUGAGACCCUACCCUAAAGGUAUAUGAAAUGCUGCUCAAGAUACUUUGCUUUAUUGUCUUAUCUUGUGUUACUUUUAUUUACUUGGUGUUUUCUGUCUUCAUAUUUCAGGGGUCUCUGAUCAUAUUGAUUUUUUUCAUGGCUACAGUAUUUUUUUGGGGGGAGGAGGGGUUUAGAUCCAAAAAUGUAUGCAGCAGAUCUGAUGAAUCCUAAUGCUUAAAGGGGAACUCCGGUGGAAACAUAUUUAUUUAUUUUAAAUCAACUGGUGCCAGAAAGUUAAACA